AUGAUGAAUCGUUACUCCUUGUAUUUUAAAGAUAUAAAGUUGGAAGAUUCAUAUCAAAAAUAUUGGCUAGACAUUAAUAGAAGGCCUUUGUUGAAAAGAUUAGUAAUUACAACAACUUUAAUUCAGAUCACAGAUCUGAUAUAAAUUAUAGCUACAUAAUAAUACGAACUACUUAAUUGGAAUUAUGUCCUUGUUCAUUACUUAUCUCAAUUGUUUUUAAAUAUCAUCCUUAUCUUAAUUUUAAUUUAUAAACCUAAACAUGUUAGAACAGGACUUUUAGUAUAUAAUCACUUUUUUGCCACUGUAUUUGUAAUUAUUGAAUAUCAGAAAGCUACAUAUUCCAUAAACUAUUCAAAGAUUGUUUAAUUGGGUAUAAUUGGAUCAUAAUUAAUAAUAAUUUUAUCAUCUGAUUUUAUUUAAGCAGCUUAUUAAGCAAGUGUUUUCCCUUCUGUAUACAUUUUUAUAUGGUCAUAUGGUGAGGAAUCAAUUUAUUAUCCUGGAUUUGUUGCAAUGCUGUUAUCAGGAUUAGUCAUAUUAUAAGGUUUAUAUGAUCAUUAAGUAGCUUUAAGAUCAUAGUUUUAAUUAGGUUUUAUUGAUAAUCAAUGGGAAAAUAUAUUUACAUAGUUAAUUAGUGAAUAAUAUCUAAUAUUUUAUUUUGAUAAUCCUACAUUUAGUUUUUAAUUAUCGAAUUCUAAAAAUUACAUCUAUAAAAUAGAUACAACGUAAUAACUUAAAACAUAUUUAAGAGCAAUAAAAUUAAACAAAAAAUAAAAUUUUGAGUAAUUUUGUUAUGAAUAGAUUCAAAAUCAUACCAAUUUUUCAAAGGAUGAUCUAAAAUAGAAUUUGUCAAUUGUAUUUUAGGGUAAAGCUUAAAUUAUUUAAUAUUCAAUAUUUUAUAGCGCUAGACCUUUAAUUCUGUUAUAAAUAAUUUCUAAAGAUAAAUAUAGCUAUGAGGACGGAAAUAUAAAUUAAUAAAAAACUUUAAGUUUGAGAUUAAAAACUACUAAUUUUAAAUAUAAAAAGUUUAUUUAUUUUAUUAUAUCAGCCCACUUAAAAAAAAGGUGUAAAUGA